GUAUAAGGCUUAGCAAUUAUUAUUACCCCCUCCUAGUAUAAACACACUCCCAGUUUGGCCACCAUUAUUUUGUGAGCAUGGGAAAGUCUGGGAUUGAAUUCAGGUUGCAGGGUGUUGGGCAUUAUUUAUUAAAAGGAAAAGAAGUAACUGCCUGGGCUAUUAGGGGACUCCAUGUUGGCUUUCUGCUUGGUGCAAGCCAGCCCCAGACCCCUUCAGUCUAGGACCUCAGAGGAAGUCUUUGUAAUUUGUAUAAGAAAACUUCCAGCUGUCCAGAAGCUGGGAGAGAGUGUUGGUCCUGGGCUGAUCUGAGCUGAGGCUGUCUUGUAGCGCCUCUGAUCUGACCGAGCUGGCCUCCAAUCCUGGGCUCCCUCUACUUUUCUGGUGCUGCUCAGCUCCACCUGGGGCCUUCAGCACCUGCCCCUCCUUCUCGGCACCUCUCCACCCCUCAGACAACAAUAAACACUCCCACUAUUAAAAAAAAAAAAAAAAAAGUACUGUGCACUAUUUUUAUCGCCAGGGCUUUUCCUCAUCUUGGCCUCAGUCUUGAAAAGGGGGCCAAGACAGGAGUCCCAAAAUAGAUGGGGGUCUUAAUAGAGACAGGAAAUGAAUAGAAUGCAUAAAAUCAGACAUGUGUCCUUAAUAUAUGGAAGGACUCGCUCCAGACGCGUGGACAUGUGUAUUUAUAAGUGCUUAGACAGAAGUUUAAAUAUUCAGACACAUUUUAUGAUUGUCCUCUGCCCGUCUUCUGGUUAAUGGCUCCUCCUGUGCCCACCAAUACAUCAAUACCGUUGUGUCUAUUGAAUCACCGGCAGGGACGAGAAGGAAGCGAGUCCAUAGCCAAGCCCGCUGAGUACAGUACAGUAAAUCGGGACCCUCAGCAGAAGGCGCUUCCCGCCCGCCCGCCAUGUUGGGGAGCCCUCCCUGCCCCCCGCGCCGGGCUGAGCGGCCGGGGCUCGCAGGCAGCCGGGGGAGGGCCUUUCAUAACCCGGAGAAUUUUCAAAGUGCAAGGAAGAUGAUAAGAAUAGAUUUCUACAAGUCCCGACCACGUGAUUGGCGAAAUAAUUAAUUCAGCACGUCCCUUAAGAAACAAGGAGUCGUCAUUAAUCUGCCACGCAAAGGGCUCUCUCCGACUUGGAAAGUGCAGGGAUCCCAAGAAUAUCACCCGCUGAGGGGGGCCCCGCGCGGCGCCCCCCGGCCCUCCACCCCCGGCCCCAGGCGGCGGGCGCGGGAGCGCGGCCGGCAGCUUUCUGCAUUGUAGAUCUCACAGAGCUGACCCACAGAAUUAAUUGAGCGAAUUCUCACCCUGUCAUUAAAAAGUGAAUUAUCUGCGUCUUCAUGAAAGAUGUGGUGAUUUUGAAACUAGGUCACCUGGAGUUCGGGGCCUGGCCCAGCUCUCUCAGGAUUCAGCAGACACUGGAGGUGGUGGCCAAGGACACAGUGGUAGUCAAUGUUAUUUGAGCAGGGUCAGCAGGCCCUGGAGCUUCUGGAGUGCACCAUGCAGAAGGCUGCAUACUAUGAAAACCCAGGACUCUUCAGCAGCUAUGGCUACAGCAAAGCCACUGAUACUUAUGGCUACAGCAACCCUCAUCAGCCCUAUCCACCCCCUACUGCUGCCAACUCCCUGGACACUGAUUAUCCAGGUUCUGCCUGCUCCAUCCAGAACUCUGCACCUCUUCGAGGCCCAGGCCACAAGGGGGCUGAACUCAAUGGCAGCUGCAUGAGACCUGGCACUGGGAACAGCCAGAGUGGGGGUGGUGGCAGCCAGCCUCCUGGUCUGAACUCAGAGCAGCAGCCCCCACAGCCCCCACCUCCACCACCCACCCUGCCCCCUUCCUCACCCACCAAUCCUGGAGGAGGAGUUCCUGCUAAGAAGGCCAAGGGUGGGCCCAAUGCUUCUAGUUCCUCAGCCACCAUCAGCAAGCAGAUCUUCCCCUGGAUGAAAGAGUCUCGACAGAACUCCAAGCAGAAGAACAGCUGUGCCACUGCAGGAGAGAGCUGCGAGGACAAGAGCCCGCCGGGCCCAGCGUCCAAGCGGGUGCGCACGGCAUAUACUAGUGCUCAGCUGGUGGAGUUGGAAAAGGAAUUCCACUUCAACCGCUACUUGUGUCGGCCGCGUCGCGUGGAGAUGGCCAACCUGCUGAAUCUCACCGAACGCCAGAUCAAGAUCUGGUUCCAGAACAGGCGCAUGAAGUACAAGAAGGACCAGAAGGCCAAGGGCAUCCUGCACUCGCCAGCCGGCCAGUCCCCAGAGCGCAGCCCGCCGCUCGGCGGCGCCGCGGGCCAUGUGGCAUACUCUGGCCAGCUGCCGCCGGUGCCUGGCCUGGCCUACGACGCACCCUCCCCGCCCGCUUUCGCCAAAUCGCAGCCCAACAUGUAUGGCCUGGCCGCCUACACGGCGCCGCUCAGCAGCUGCCUGCCACAGCAGAAGCGCUACGCUGCGCCCGAGUUCGAGCCCCACCCCAUGGCGAGCAACGGCGGCGGCUUUGCCAGCGCCAACCUGCAGGGCAGCCCAGUGUAUGUGGGAGGCAACUUCGUCGACUCCAUGGCGCCCGCGUCCGGGCCGGUCUUCAAUCUGGGUCACCUCUCGCACCCAUCUUCGGCCAGCGUGGACUACAGUUGUGCCGCGCAAAUUCCUGGCAACCACCACCAUGGACCAUGCGACCCUCAUCCCACCUACACAGAUCUCUCCGCCCACCACUCGUCUCAGGGACGCCUGCCCGAGGCCCCCAAACUGACACAUCUGUAGCGGUCGCCGUGGGCCCGAAUUCGCGGCGCAAUUACCUCUUUUGCUUUGGUGGUGGUGGGGAGGGGUGGCGAGUGGGGCCCGCGGGGCAGUUCGGAGAUCCCCCUUUCCCGCUCUGGCCCAACCAUCAGCGGCCAGAGGCAUAGGUGACCGGGCCUCCCCUCCGUGCGCGUCCUCCUUUGGGUGACUCGCCAUAAAUCAGCCGCAAGAAUACUCCCCCCAUAAGCCUGACAGUGCCAUAUACUGCGGACCGAGGGACUCUAAUCUGGUAAUAGUGCCCCGAAGGUAAGUCUGAGACCCAUCGGCGGCGCGCCCUGCAGAGGCACUAGAGCCUGGAGAGUCCUGGGCCUGGCCCGCGUCUAGCUUAGUUUCUGAGACCUUAAUUUAUAUGCUCCUUCCCAUCCUGUAAGGAUUGCAUCGGACUAAACGAUCUGUAUUUAUUAUUUGAAGCGAGUCAUUUCGUUUCCCUGAUUAUUUAUCCUCGUCUUAAUGUAUUUAUAUGUAUAUUUGUAGAAUUCUCCAGCCGAGCUUAGGAACGCGCUCCCAGGCCAUGGGGGCCACAUUUCACCUCUUUAGUCCCUUGGUCUGAAUUAGUUGAGAGAGUAGUUUUGAACAGUUGUAACCGUGGCUGAUGUUUGUAGUUGAUGUAAAGGAUUAAGACCACAAAUUGUCCUUCAUGGGUAGAGUCAGGCAGCCCAGUGGCAUGGCAUGACACCCGUUAGUCAUUUCUCAACAGCCGCAGCCCUCACCACUCGACACAGUUUAAUGAUGUCAAAUUGUCUGGUACUAUUUGAACAAAUAUUUAGAAUAAAAAAUUUUCUCGGUUGGAAGUGUAUCUGUGUUAAUCACACACACUUGCAAGCAGAUCACUUUGCCUAUAUCUUUCACACAAUCCCAGUGGAAGGCUUUAUGAAAGAUUGACUCUUUGAAAAACAUCAUUCUAUUAAUUUGGAAUCUGCUGCACCAGUUGGUCUGGGAGGUACUCCAUUAUUUCAUUCUAGCUAUUGAUAUGGUGGGGGGAUCUGAGGAUGCAAACCUAGAAAUGUUCUGGGUGGGAUGACUGGGAUAGGGUUUUGCUAAAGCAGAGCCUGCUUUGCUGUUUCUACCACCUUCUUUCUAGAUACAAUCUAAUGUUACAUUAGAGAGGCCAGAGCUCAUUUUUCUGCAUUAAGUAAUAAAAAAUAAACUUUGAAAGAAAACUGACAAUCAAAGACAAGAUACAAGAGAAGUUGUAAGAAGAAUUGUGCUUUGAAAAAGCUAAGGUGCAUGGGGGAAAAGUCUGAUCAUUUGGAGACAGGCACCCAAGCUUUUUCUCUAGGAAGCGUUGUCAUAAAUUUUUCCUUUGUGGUAGUUUGUAGUUCAUUUCUAAAGAAAAACAAAUGUUCUCCACGAUGUAAAGUAAUAAAAGUUUCAUUAAUGGAACAUAACACGUAUAAACACCUUGUUUACUCCUGUUUCUUUGUACAAAAGGGGCAAAAUGUCUUCAAAGAUUUAUAACCGUUUUUGUAAAUAUUAGCGUGGCUCAAGCUAGGGACAGACAACUUGCACCCAAUUCCAUGGGAGGGGGGCACUUGGAAAAUGCAUUCAGAUAAGGUUUAAUUCUUUUGUAUUUCAGCAAAGUCGGCCCACGCAUCUCUGUUUGAUUUGACAAAUAAUGCAACUCCUACUACAUCCCCUGUGACAGGAGGUGAAAUUCCUAUCGUGUGGAAAUAAUUUAACUUCUUCUGGUGGAACAACAAUCGUUUCUAUUUGGAUGUUUGUGUUUCGCUAAGUAAUGAUGGUUCAAAAUAUUUAGGUUUUUUUGUUCCUUUGUGCUGUUUUUAAAAUGGCAUGUUAGGUUGUGGUGGGAGGGGAUAUCUUUUUGCUAAAUUUCACUUUAUCUGAGCGGGGUUUAAAGUAUAUAUGUUGUAGAAGUGUAUCAACAGAAUAAAUGACUUCAAACGAAGGCAUAUUUUACCCAUUUUCAAGAUUUAACAUUGUUUUAUAUGAAAUUUGCAUCCAUAGGCAAAAUUUCUAAUUGUCUUGUAAGAAAUUAUUUUUUAAGCUAUUAGGGAAAUCAAAGAAAAGCUCGCUGCCUUGCAGGGAUUACAACCACCUUUCUUAACUGGCUAAAUAUUAAAUAGAUGAAUUGUCAGGCUGUUUAGAUUCAGCCCGGUUUUCCCUCAUCUCCUCUUCCUACCAUAAAUAAUAAUAAAAAUACAUAAUGCA